CGCCUCACCUCUCCUUCUUCAUCAGGUUGAAAUCAGAAGCUAGCAAAACAAAACAAUACAAAUACUAAAAAUCUCCAUCCGUUUUGUUUCCCAAGUACAACAUCAAACCAUCAAUGGCUUCCUCCCUGGCUCUCAAGAGACUAGUCUCCUCUAGCAUCAUCCCUAACAGCUCUUCUCUUCGUUCCAUUCUCCGCCCGGUAGCCACCUGUCCUUCUUCUUCUCGCCUUUUCAACACCAAUGCCCUCAGAGACUAUAACGAUGAUCAUGAAAGCGGCCGUGGGAUUGAUGAUCGCCCCUCCCAUCGCUCUGUUGCACGCAGCCGUGAUGACUUUCUCUCAGGUAACGUGUUUGAUCCAUUUUCACCGACGAGGAGUUUGUCCCAGGUCCUUAACAUGAUGGACCAAUUCAUGGAAAACCCACUUAUCUCUGGCUCCCGUGCUGGUGGACUCCGCCGUGGAUGGGAUGCGCGGGAGACCGAUGAUGCUCUCAGUCUUCGAAUUGAUAUGCCUGGUCUUGGCAAGGAGGAUGUCAAGGUCUCCGUGGAGCAGAACAGUCUGGUAAUUAAAGGGGAAGGAGCAAAGGAAUCGGACGAUGAAGAGAAUGCGAGGAGGUACAGCAGCAGGAUUGAUUUGCCCGAGAACAUGUACAAAACUGAUGAAAUAAAAGCCGAAAUGAAAAAUGGUGUUCUGAAGGUUGUGGUGCCUAAGGUGAAAGAAGAGGAGAGGGCUAAUGUUUUCCACGUCAAGGUUGAGUAGGUUGCAGGGGAGUCUCUGUUAGUGGUAAUGUUUCGAGUGAGCAAGAAUACAGAGUUGAGAAAUUUGGCUGCCAGUGGUUUGAACCAAUUUGGAUGCUACUGUUGUUUUUUCUAUCAAUGAUAGUUCCGUUUUAGUCUAAACUCUUUCUGUUACUCUGCUUUGCUUAAUCUUGCCUGUAAUUUGUUUUGGUUAAUAAAAUUUAGACUGCAUGUGAAAAAA